CCUACCUACCUACCUACCUACCAACCUACCAACCUACCAACCAUUUAUGAAAGAUUGUACUACUUAAACGGAUUUAAAAUGUGAUAUAUAUUCUUAUGUCGUUAAUCAUUGUGAUCUAAUUCUAAUGAAUUAUUUGGGUCGUUUAAUUUCAAGUGCUCAUCAAUAUUAUAAAAAUAUCAAUGUAGCUAAUUUAACUGGUGCUAUUGAUGUGAUUGUUGUAAAAAAUAAAAAUGGUGAAUAUCAAAGUACACCAUUUUAUGUAAGAUUUGGAAAAAUGGGAGUGUUAUAUCCACAAUCACAUGUGGUUGAUGUGUGUAUUAAUGGACAGCCAAGACCAGAUAUAUGCAUGCAUGUUGAACCGACAGGUUAUGCUUAUUUCGAUAAUGAGGUAUGUUUUAAAUCUAUAUAUUAUUGUUCAGGAUCUCUUUUAAUCUUUGUAAUCAUUCAGUGAAAUGAUGAUAAGUUCAGUAGAUUAGGCUGACCCAAUCGACAAUUCAUACAUUUUUUCAUAUGCCACUUAUGGAUAACGUUCUCUGAUUGGUUCGUCCAUAGCUUAAAUGGAUGAAGACGGACAACCAUGAGACCACAAACUGAUUGUUAUAUCCUAGUGAAGAUUAGAUUACGAGUAACUUGUGAGACCUAUUAAUGGAAUAAUAUUAUCUAUAUAUUCUUAUGGUAUAACUAUUCAGUAAUUAGAUUAUGUAUAUCUAUAUUCCCUUUAUUGUAAGCUUCAUUUUAACCUGAAGAUUAUUAUGAUACGAUUUACCGUUCUUGAGUCAUACCCAGUCAAUCCAUUACUAUCUCCCACAUUCACAGCCACUUUUUGGCUUUAUUGUGUAUGAAUUUUAUUUCCUAUUUUAUGGUGCGUUGCGGUCUGUUUGUUUGGUAUAUAAAUGAUUCGCAUAGUGGAGGCUGUUAUUGGCAUUCUAGACAGCUGGACAGGCUACGCGAGCAAAGGCCAGUAUGACGUAGGCUGAUCAGACCGGACGAACGUCAUUGGUUUAGAACAGUACGAGAGCGAAUAAGUCGUAUUUUGAUUGGCGAGUAGAUUACGUGAUAAUUAGCGGGCCAUAAAGUCACAACACUGAUCCUUAUUUUUUGCUUUUACUUUUCCUUAACAAACUGGUGAAGUUGUAAGUUAAGUAUAGCUAAUCAGUAUGUAAACUAUUGUACGUAUUAAAUAUUUUUUAAAUUAGUCCAAGCUUAACUUCAUUAGAAACUGUGAAUUGAGUUUGGUCAACUAAUAUUUGGCUAUUUCUUACAAGGUUAUUGAGGAAAGAGACAACUAAAAACAUACAUCCUACACAAUACAAGCUGCUAAGUAACUUGAAACCAAUUUCUUUUUAUGCAGAACAGGAGACGGACACCAUAUGGUGUCCUCGAUGUAGAGCUACUUAGACUAAUGAACAAACUAAAACUUAGUCAAUAGAAUUCGAUCAGCACCAAAGGAAUUGUUGGAAAGGAUGCAUUAUUGCCUCCUUACAUACCUGUUCAUUCUAUCCUUUCGAAUCAUAUUUUCAAUGCGUAGUCGUUCUUAUUAUCAUUAACCUUACGUUAAAUAGAUGAUUUUGGCAUUCAUCGUAUCAAUUUCAUCUCAUCGCGCUGUUGUAGUAUAACAACUUGGUUCACAUUUGUACCAAUCUGUACUUUGGUCAUGAUUGAUUGUACUGGAAAGAAAAUCCAGAUUAGUUAAGUCUACUGAACAUAAAAAAUCAGUGAUAACUUGAAGAAUCGAAUCAUUGGUGUUUUAUAGUCAUGAUUUAUAUCUUUGUUCUCUGGACCACGUUAGUCAUCAUAUGUGUAUAAAUUUUAGAUCUUUUACUGAUAAACAUUAAUUUAUUUAAUAGGAAUGUAAACUUAAAACGAAAGAUAAAGAAGUGUUACUUAGAAGCAAUGAAGAAUUACAAACUUGGACACAAAAUGACAAUGAUCAUAUUGAUUGUGUUACAAAUGAAUCAAAUACUGAACAAUUGGAAAAUGUUUUUGAAAUAGAUAUUCAAGUUAGUAAGUGAAAUAAUUCCGUUGAUUAUAUACCUAAAUAAAAUUAACAUAUCGAGACUGACAUAGAAUUAUUCAUCCAUUCUUUCAUGGAGAAUUCUCGGAGUUUUAGUGAGAAGCCGUGACCAGUGGAGCUAAUCCGUGUCGGAUAGGGACAGAUAUCUACUUCAAUACGAUGGGAGGUGGUCGGGCAAUUUCGUGGAUUGGUUGGGGUUAGAUGGCUCAGUGGUGUAGAGGUUAAGCGUUCACGAGCGAGGCCGAAGGUCCAUGGUUCAGAAACCGAGAGCGGGAUCAUGGAUGUGCACUGCUAAGAAGUCUCACAAUAGGACGAAACAGCCGUCCACUACUUCCAUGUUUUCAAUGGUGGUCUAACACCAGUCGGUUUAAGAUCUCAAUCAAUAACUUGAUAAUCUCCACAACCCUAUAAUCUCAUGGAAUAGUUUGUUUCAUAAAGUAAUAGGAUCAACGUUGCUGUAUUUAGUUACUCACAUCAGAACCAUUAAAGAUGACAGCUGGAUUGAAUUCACCAACUUAUAAAUAAUUUAAUUCCUGUAGCCAUACAGAAUUGGCAUAAAAGUAAAUGGUGAGAAGGAACUAUUUCAAGUUUAAUAUUUAUUUAUUCAGAAAAUGGUAUACUCUUUUUAAAUACACUUAACGCCAUGAUUAUAAAAAGACUUAUUCUAGCGAAACAACUUAUGCCUAUCUAUUUGUGUUAGCACAACACAUAGAAUACAUAGUUUAUAGAUGACAUUUAAAUCUUUAGGAAAUAAUUAAUAAUAUCUUGCUGAUUUUUUCAUACAAAAGAUAGGCUUAAAAAUGAAGUUAGAAUUCAAUUAGAUACAAACUAGUGAUCUGAUAAAGUUAAUGCUUAGAUAGCAACAUAUACAAUUUAGGUACCAAAACAUAAAUAAAGUGAUUACCAGCUAUUAUCAAUUCUCCUACUGUUUGUCUUGAACAAUCCCGCCCACGAAAAAAAUGCAACUUUCAAUAGAUUUUGAUUUUCUCUAAAAUUACGGUUUUUAGGCUCACAAUCCUUACCUCUUCAUUGUUAUCACCGUUUACUUUUUUAAUUAGAGCUUUUAGCGACAGACUUCUUAGUGGUGUGUCCCUACAGGAUGUCGUUGUUUAACUCCUAGAUUGUGAAGGGCUAUUCAAAACUUAUAUUUGCACAGUUAGUCUUAAGGUAAUAUUAAAUUUAUUAAAAUUAUUGCGUCAGUCAGCUGUCCUCCAUUCACCACUUCUCAUUGUAGUCUGUUUUGUGAGUUCCGGAUAAUGUUGACGAUUUUCUCAGGUGCUCAUUCCAUAGUGUCGAAGUUUCCAUAAUGUUCUCUUUUUCACACUGUCAAAUGCUUUCAGAUAAUCAAUGUUGUUGAUGUAUAGUGACGUGUUUCAUUUAAUCGAUUGUUCAACGGUGAUCAUUAGUGUGGCGAUUUGGUUUGUGCACGACCGAUCCAUACGGAAUCCGUUCUGUUGAUUUCGGAGUUGGGCAUCUACUGAGUCUUUCAUUCGGUUCAGCAACUGUUUGCUGAAACCUGUUGCUGUUACUGACAGUAAUAUGGUCUCUCUGUAGUUCUCACAUUUACUCAGAUCACUUUUCUUUGGCAUCUUGAUGAAAUAUCUUUCUUUCCAAACUAUCGGCAUUUAUUCCUUCGCCGAAAUCUUCCUGAAUAGAACGUGGAGCAUGCUUCCAAUUACUUCUUUGUGUGACUUCAGUACUUCAGUUGGUUUAUUGUCAUGUCUUGCUGUUUACCACUCCUGACUUGUCUGAUGACUAUCGUGAUCUCUUUGAUCGUUGUUGGAGUGACAUCUUUGCUAAGGUCUGUGCGUGAUGUUUCGAUAUCCGGUGGAUUUAAUGGAUCUUGUCUAUUCAAGAGUUUGUCGAAAUUUUCCACACAUCUGUUCCUCUGUCCUUCAAUUUCAGUGAUCGGCUUGUCUUCACUGUUUUUGGCCGAUCUCUCUGAUUUACGAUAUUUCCUUGCCAGCUUCUUCGUCGUGUCAUGUAGUUGUUUCAUAUUCUCUUACAGCUUUUUCCCUUAUCCUUGUUAGGUCUUCCACAUAUUUCUGCCUUUCGGAUCUAACUUGUUUGCCUCCGUGCACUCAGCCUGUGUCUUGACUUUCUCUGCUCUUUUUCGACUGUUGUUGAUUGAGGUCUUCUUGUUCUCCCUUUCUUCAGUCUUGUUUAGGGUUUCGAUGGAGAUUCAUUUCUUAAUGAUGAUGCUGAUUGCCGCCCAUCGCUUCCUGACACGUUGAAGUUAAUGCUUUUUCAAUCUCUUUCAAAUUGUCCUCCGUAGCAGUUUCUUCUUUCAGUUGAUCCUGUAUGGCUUGGAACCUGUUUUUGAGAGUUAUCUUGAAUUCGUUGAGUUUAUCAGUAUCUCUUAGGAAGUCUGUAUUGAUCCUUGGUAAUGCUGUUUCCCUAACUGUCCAGUGUUUCUUUUGCCUCAGCUUCAUCUUGGCAACCACGAGCUAGUAGGGAUAUGAAGCUAUGUCAGCUCCCCUUCUGGUUCUCACGUUUCCCAUUGACCUUGUGAUUUUUUUAGUGAUACAAAUAUGAUCUAUCUGGUUCUCUGUAGUGUGGUCCGGUGAGAUCCAUGUAGCCUUGUGUAUACGCUUGUGUGGAAAUAUUGUGCCUCCUAUGACCAAUUUGU